AAAGAUGGUGUCUACCAUGGUGGAGCAUGUUGUGGCAGACGCUGGCGCAUUUCUUAAAAAGGCUCCGUUACAUGAAAUCGGAAAGAACAUCUACACCUUGAAAGAUGUUGUUGAUGAAAUUCGGGAUAAACAAACUAAAAAAAGCUUGGCCUUCCUCCCAUACACACUCAAUUUCAAAGAACCUUUCCCAGAGUAUAUACGACUUGUUACAGAAUUCUCUAAAAAGACGGGAGACUACCCCAGUCUAUCAGCAACGGACAUCAAGGUGCUGGCUCUGACAUAUCAACUGGAAAUCGAGAAUGUGGGAACUGAGCAUUUGAAGAAAGAACCAGAGAUAAAGGUCCAGAUAUGCAGCACACAAAGACACCCAGAGACCCCUGUUGGAAUUGCUGGUUUCCAUUUUCCAUCAAAAUCUUCAGGUAAAUUGGGCACUGUUCACCAAAGUCCACCUACAACAAAUGAGCCACGAGAACCAGAAGGUUCAGAAUUCAACAGCUUUCAGUUCUGGAGGAAUCCUCUGCCCAGCAUUGAGAUGGACCUUCUUGAAGUGCUGGCAGCAGAUACAGUGAACGAUAGGUGUGGAGACAUCACUGAGAAACUGCAGUCUGUUGAUCUGUCAGGUGACAGUCAUGUGACUUACUCUCAACAUCAUGAUGACACUAAUAGAGAAGAUGAGGAAGAGGAUGAUGAUGAUGAUGGUGGGGGUUGGAUUACUCCCAGCAACAUCAAGCGAGUUCAGAUGGAUGCUGGUAUCCACGGGCCGUCAGCAGAUGUUAAAGUGGGCUGUGUGACCACAGAUUUUGCUAUGCAGAAUGUUCUGAUUCAGAUUGGACUGCACGUGCUUUCUGUGAAUGGGAUGCUCAUUAAAAACACCAGGAGUUACAUUCUGCGCUGUCACGCCUGCUUCAAGACAACAACAAACAUGAACAAAUCAUUCUGUCCACAUUGUGGCAAUGACACCUUGAAGAAGGUUGCCGUCACCAUUAAUGAUGACAGUUCCAUGAAGAUGCAUUUUUCCAAAAACCCGAAAGUGCUGAAUCCAAAAGGGAAGAGGUACUCUUUACCUUUACCACAAGGAGGAAAACACGCCAGUAACCCCCACCUGGUGGAAGACCAGCGUUUUCCCCAGCAGAGAGUGUCUAAAAAAGCCCGUCAGAAGACAGACGUGUUUGAUCCAGAUUACCUGGCCGGCAGCUCUCCGUUCUCCGAGCAUGAUAUCUACAGCAGGUCAGCCAGCUUACACCUGCGGGACACCCAGACCGGAGGAGGGAAACGACGGACAAAUCCGAACGCAGCACGCAAAAAAUGUUGAUGUCCCCAAACUACAUGCAGAAUCAUUGUGGAGGAAAACUAUCUGGACUAGGAGCUUCAAAGAUCAUUUGCAAUUUUAUUCAAAUUAUUUGCAGUAAAUUAGGCAUCUGUUAAACUCGAUGCAUCACCCACCUUUAACAAAGUGCUUAAAUCUGACCGUGAUUAUUGAUUGCACUUAUUCCAUGUUUUAAAUGCAUACCAGAUGAAUGUGUGAUUAUGGAAAGUUAAAAAUAUUUUUUUGUGGUAAUAAAUAAUACCUCUGACAUGCUACUUGACUUCAGAAAUUAUUUUCAAAUAGAAAUUGCCAUUUGCAAAACUUUUGCUCCAUGCUAAUAUUGGGGAGAAAAAGGGGCAGGACCUAAAUU